UCAGAAGACCCCCCCCCCCCCGUUUGCUUAAUGGACAAGCAUUCUACGGUGGCGUCUUGUACUUUUCUAAAAUCGUUCUGAUUGGAUAGUUUGAAAAACACCUGUAACUGAUUGGUAGUCGACAAGAGCCUAUGAAAUUAUAGUUUGGGGGAAGUGGGCGGUACUCUGUAAAGUUGUUUAGUUUUCCCUUUGGUCCGACAUAACCAUUUAAAAACGCUAAGCCUCGGGAGUCACAUGUUUUAAUUCCUUUUGUGGUUGUUAGUAGAAGAACGGAGAGAUGUCUGGCCGUGGCAAAGGCGGGAAGGGGCUCGGGAAAGGAGGCGCCAAGAGGCACCGCAAGGUCCUCCGCGACAACAUCCAGGGCAUCACCAAGCCCGCCAUCCGCCGCCUGGCUCGCCGUGGGGGAGUCAAGCGCAUUUCGGGGCUCAUCUACGAGGAGACCCGCGGGGUGCUGAAGGUCUUCCUGGAGAACGUGAUCCGCGACGCCGUGACCUACACCGAGCACGCCAAGAGGAAGACCGUCACCGCCAUGGACGUGGUCUACGCCCUCAAGCGCCAGGGCCGAAGAUCUCCGCAGGGCGUUCAUCCCACAGAAGGCAGAUCUAGCAUGGCCCGUACCAAGCAGACCGCUCGCAAGUCCACCGGCGGGAAGGCGCCUCGCAAGCAGCUGGCUACUAAAGCCGCUCGCAAGAGUGCUCCGGCCACCGGGGGCGUGAAGAAACCCCACCGCUACCGGCCCGGGACCGUGGCCCUCCGGGAGAUCCGCCGCUACCAGAAGUCGACGGAGCUGCUGAUCCGCAAGCUGCCCUUCCAGCGCCUGGUGCGCGAGAUCGCGCAGGACUUCAAGACCGACCUGCGCUUCCAGAGCUCGGCCGUGAUGGCGCUGCAGGAGGCCAGCGAGGCCUACCUGGUGGGGCUCUUCGAGGACACCAACCUGUGCGCCAUCCACGCCAAGCGCGUCACCAUCAUGCCCAAGGACAUCCAGCUGGCCCGCCGCAUCCGCGGGGAGAGGGCUUAA